AUGUCACAGUCACCAGCCGAAAAUGAUCGGAGAAGGCAGCCAAAAUCCAAGACGGGCUGUCGCACCUGUAAGAAACGCAAGGUCAAGUGUGACGAGAGCCGGCCAGCAUGUCGCAAAUGUGUAAAGCACGGCGUGAAAUGUGACUUUAUCGCAUUAUCUGAAAGCGAUAAGCUAGAGUUACCAAGCCCAUUACACCAACCUUAUACUUACCAUCAUGAGUCUGGCGGCUUCACCAUCAAUGAUCUGGAGCUUCUCCAUCAUUACGACACUUCGACAUGUCUGACCCUCACAACAGAGCCGCUGACUCGCAAUUUCUGGCGCGUCAACAUUCCACAGAUUGGAUUCACAACGCCAUAUAUCCUCAAGGGCGUACUCGCCGUCGCGGCUCUGCAUCUGGCUCGGUACAGGCCCGAACGCAAGGACUUUUACACGACGCUCGCUUUUCACCACCACAAUGCAGCCCUCGCCCAGGCCUCGCCCUUGAUCACCAAGGUCGACACGGACAAUUGCGUCAACCUCUUCCUCUUCAGCACCAUAACCUAUUACUUUGCCUUUGGCAAGCCCAGGAGUCCGACGGAUUUCUUCUUGGCCGACAAUGACGCCGUGCCAGACUGGCUGUACCUGUUCCGUGGCGUGCGCGCUCUCAUGGAGUCCACCGGCAAGCUGAUGCGCGCGUCUUCCAUUGCCUUUAUAUUCGAGGAGGGAAUCAAGAUGCACCGCGCCUGGGAGGCGCUCGAAUAUGAAAACGAGGGUUUCCAGGAACUGCAGAGAAACAUUCAGGCCAGUGUCGGCACCCACGAGCCGGCCAAGCUCAGAGUGCUGCUGGAUGCUGUAGAGACGCUCCGAAAGAGUUAUGCCGUGGUGCAUGACGGCAGCCAAUCAGACGAGAACAAGUCCCGGGGAGUCUUUGUUUGGGUUUACAAGAUCUCCGACUUUUACGUUGACCUCGUGAGUGCCGGUGACAACGAGGCUCUCUGCGUGCUCGCCUAUUUCUGUGUACUGCUCCGGAGGCUUGACUUUAUGUGGUGGAUUGAGGGAUGGGGACUUCAUCUCAUUGAGCGUAUAUACGCUCGUCUGAAUGAUAAAUAUAGAUUGUGGAUUAGAUGGCCCAUUGAAGAGAUAGGAUGGGUGCCUUCAUACUAG